AUGGCGCAAAGGUCUCCGUGGAUUUUGCAAUUUGUUUGCAUACUAUUUUUAUUGAUUAAUGGCUGCGCGUUUACCUUUGCGGAAGAUGAUGAUUCUUCAAGCAGUAGUGAUACGUGCCCUGCCGACAGGGACAUGUUUACGAGGACAACAUUCAUCAAGAGGGUAAUGGGAUAUGCCUUCGACUCUUACCUGACAAGCCCAAUCCAGCGUCCAGGGGAUCAAAAGGAUGAACCAGAGGAUGGUGAUGACGAAAACCCUACCGAUUCGGGCGAUCAUGUUCUCCAUAGUGACGAUGAACACGAUCACUCGCAUGUGGACUCUGCGGAUGGAGAGGAUGCCAUGAACAGGCUCAAGAACGUGUUUGGUAAACACAGGCAGAAGCCGUACACCCGAGAGGAGUUCACUGAGAAGCUUCGUGAGAUCCUCAUGACCCCAGAUCCACUUUAUGGUACUGAGUACAACAAGGAUUGGGGCCGUGCUUGCAUGACCACGGACUAUGAGAUUCCCAACACGGAGGAUUUGAUUCACUUUAAUGUGUUUGACCCUUUCAUGCCUCCAGGCCUUCUGUUCGAGGAUCUCCGUUGCCUUCAUUUAUACAACGUAAAACCGGAGUAUCAUUUGUACAAGGUGCGCAUAGGUGAUAUGGUCCUCACACUUCGGCCCGACCUGGAAGAUGCAUCCUUGCAUCUUUUUGAAGACUCUUGGGGGCUGAUGGUGGUGCGCGUUUUGUUCACGGUUGACGGUGUCCUUCACCGCUAUGAGUACACUGAGAACGCCCGAGGAUCUCGAGUUUUCCACAAAACCAUGGGCCCCGCAAUGCAUUACGCAGCGCCCAAUACUGACACUACGGACUUGAACAAGUGGCUGGACGAGAAGUACUAUGCACUGUCUCGGCGCCGACCACCAAUUAUAGAAGAGGUGUUGACUCCUACCAAGGCUUAG